CGGCUUGUCGGGGUGAGAAUCCCCGUAGGACAUCCAGCAACUCUUCAUCUGUUGCCAUGGGGUGUCUGUUCUCUCUCGGGGGUAAUGUGUCUUCCAGGCAGAGAAGAGAGAAUGAUGAGGACUUACUAGACAGCAGAGAUCGUGAGGAAGACAUUGCCAAGUUUCCGUAUGUUGAGUUCACAGGUCGGGACAGCAUCACCUGCCCAACUUGCCAAGGCACUGGCUGUAUUCCCACAGAGCAGGUAAAUGAGUUGGUGGCACUAAUACCAUACAGUGACCAGAGGCUCCGUCCCCAGAGAACGAAGUUCUACGUGCUGCUGUCUGUGCUGCUCUGCCUUCUGAUAUCAGGGCUGGUGAUUUUCUUCCUGUUUCCACACUCGGUCCUUGUGGAUGAUGAGGGCAUCAAAGGGGUUCAAGUUUGGUUCGACCAGAAAAACUCCAUUGUCAUUCUUGCCAUCACGACCACCCUGAGGAUCAGAAACUCAAAUUUCUAUUCGGUUGCAGUAGCCAGCCUCGCCAGCCAGGUGCAGUACAUGAACACUGUGGUUGGAAGCCAACAGAUUACUAAUGUGUCCCGCAUCCAGCCGCUGAGCGACAAACUGGUGAAUUUCACUGUGAAAUCAGAGAUGGGUGGACCUUUCUCCUAUGUGUAUUUCUUUUGCACGUUACCCAAGGUCAAGGUGCAUAACAUAGCGAUCUUCAUGAGAACAUCAGUGAAAAUCUCAUACAUCGGCCAUGUGACUCAGAGCUCCUUGGAAACAUAUCACUAUGUAGAUUGUGGCGCUAAUUCCACAGCGGUCCAGGACCCUCGGCCUGUGUCCACCCCACCUACUCUAGAUAGUGUAACCAAAGAGAGGAGGAUACUCUGA